UUUAUUAUAAUUAUGUUUUUAUUAUUUAAUUUAGUUUUUAAGUGUUAUUUUAAAAUAUCCUUAUCUUUAACAUACAUAUUUUUUUGUUGCAGCUUAAUUUGUGUAUAGGUUAUGUAAUCAGGGGCAGCUGGCUGGCGGGUCACGUGACGUUGGUUUGAUGGUUGUGCCCACACAUGUACUCCAAGAAGAACAAGGACCUGCGCACGGUGAAGGAAGGUGUCGUGGGCAAGUAUGUCAAGAAGGACACUCCCCCGGAAAUGCCGAUAAUCAACGUCUGGUCAACGGAGACAACAAGAAAAGGCAAUCGGCGCAGCAAUGUGACCCCACCUAAUAACAUCUCAGCCCAGCAGAGCAUUGUCCAGAAGUUUGGCAACAGCUGCAUCGUUGCGAGCGUGCCGUCGGAGCACGAGGGGAAGUACACUCCCAACAGCUCCGUGCCGGACCUCGUCCACAGGUUCGCCAGCCUGUCGGUGGGAGAGGCGGCUCACGGCCAGCCGCUGUACGGGAGCGGGCUCGUGCCGGCCAUGAGCCACACCUACAUCAACCAGUACACCGGCUCCGAGUACAACCUCGACAAGAUGCAGUGUGGAAAGACUGGAUAUAAUGGGCGUGUUGUCAACGGAAGACAGUUGGAACAGAGCAGCUGUCACCGCCACCUGCCCCACGACUCUCCUCCGUACCAGCUGGACCAGGCCUUCCAGGUGUCUCCCUAUCAACCACAGGUACCGCUGUCAUACAGCCAGCAGCUGCUACCGUCCCACGCGACCCAAUCCGUGCACACUCGUCCGCGCAGCAGCAACCAACCCUCGGACCAGAAUGCGGAGGAGCUGCCCCUUCCCCCUGGCUGGUCCAUAGACUACACAAUGCGCGGGCGCAAGUACUACAUAGACCACAACACCAAGACCACACACUGGAGCCACCCCUUGGAGAAGGAGGGGCUGCCCACCGGCUGGGAGCGCAUAGAGUCGCCCAAGUACGGCGUCUACUACGUCAACCACAUCACGAGGCAGGCCCAAUACGAACACCCAUGCGCACCCCACUACAUCUACCAGCCGGAGGUGCGCUACCAGCUGGAGAUCCAGCCCCGCCUGAUGGCCACGCCCCCACGCCACACGCACUUCCACCCCCACAGCGUGCUGGUGCCAGCCAACCCAUUCCUCACCGAGGAGAUCCCGAUCUGGCUGACGGUGUACAGUCGGGCCUCGCAGGACAUUGACCACAAGCUCAAGUGGGAGCUGUUCCGGCUGGCGGAGCUGGACUGCUUCAACGCCAUGCUGACGAGACUAUACAAGCAGGAGCUGGAAGAGAUCGUCAUGCGCUACGAGGCCUACCGAGCGUCACUGCUGUGCGAGAUGGACAAGAAGCUGGCUGUGACGCCUGACCCCGGGGACGGCGUCGGCGACAAGCUGAGGGAGGCGGCCCUCGCCCAUCACGUAGAGACCAAGCCGAGCAGUUUGCACUGGUUGUGGUCCCAACCUGGAUAUGAACCAAAAGUCUCUUAAAAGCUGCUUCAAACUGCCGAGCGGUGGGAUUGUUGUGACCACCACGACUUCUGAUUGCACUGAAAAAAACUUCAAGGUAAUCUUGACUGAGUUUUUAUGUCAGUAAGAAAGUCAUCUUUAAUUCUGGUCUACUUACUAUCAUGUCAUAUACAGCUAGCACUGAUUCGAUACACACAAUUAUGCCAAUGAAUCCAGUCUUUCUGGAUGAAUGUACUAUUGGUUGACCUCCUAUGGUCUCCUGUAGUGAAUACAAUGACUGAUUGCCUUCUUCUAAAUAUGAAUGGACACUAUCAAUUGUGUUUAUCCCAAGAGGUCUUUUGAAUCCCUUAGCAUGCAAAUUUCUGCUGUUGAGGACAUCAAAUAAAUUAUUCACUAGCAAAAUAAACUUGGCAGUUUCUUCACAGCCCUGGAACUGAGGUAGAUACAAGUCUUUACAACAAUACAUCAAAGCAUUCUCAAUACUUUCGCUGAAAACUUGAGCUGCUAGCUUUACCUUCAUUGGUUCUUUUUGCCAAUUAAUAUGCCGUUUGGUUAGUUUUGUACUCAAAUGAAGACCCUCUGUGUUCUGAAGUCUCUCCAGUUCUACAAUAAAUUUCCAAAGAACCAGUCCAUUUUUAGUUGCAAAACUACCGUUUGAGGAAAGAGCAUUUCUUAGUAACUUUAGCAUAUGGCAAGCAUCCAGCAAUAUAAAUAUUUUAUGACCUGUUGAAGGAUUUGUAAACCACGUUUUAAUGUUCCGUGGAGUGAAAUCUGCACCUAAACAACGGGCCAUGGACACAUUUGCAGCAGCGCCAUCAAAAGUUAAUGUCAAUACAUGAACAUUCAGUUCAUUCAGAAACUCUGAACAGUUCAAAACAAUGUUACACCAUUCAGACCCACUUAAACCAUUUACAAGAAAAUAUCCAACAGGAAUUUUCCAUUUAUCAUUUAGAGCCAACAACAUGCUUCUUUAGCUUCUGGUAGACUGUCAUCUACAGUGUCUACACCAAAAUUUAUAAACCCUACAAAGCAUUUGCCAUCAAACUCAACUUGCUUCCUAAUGGACAUUUCAUCCAUUACCAAGGAACAGACAACUGUCUUACCUUUAGCAGCCAUUUCUUUAGUUUUUAAAGUAAGAGCAGUUUUGACUUCUGCGCUAAACCCUGGUUUGCUAUCCACAGAAUUGUACCAUUUUCUGAGAGUACUAGGAUGUGGUAAGCUGUUCCUAAAUGUAUUACGGACGUAGUUAUAUGCCCUACUAGAGUAAAAGUUUAGAGUAAGUGCAAAUUUGCUAAGUUCUUCAGGGUAUUUAUUCCUACUACAUCCUUCCCUGGACCGAACCAGCAGUUCGACAGCAACUGGAAUUAAUGUUUUCUGUAAUAAAUAAAAAAAUAAAAACAUUGAAACUUAUUUUUUAGAUUUAGUCACAUACUUAGCUAGCCUACUUAAAAAUGGAAUUGGUUAACUAGGCCAUUAUUAUGUAAUGUUUUUAAAAAUUGUUUUUGUGUAAUUUACAGUUUUAUUCAGCAUACAUACAUUUUUUGCUUAUACUCUGCACAAUAAUACAAUGGUAGGACAAGGCCGCUAGGCAACAAGUUACAUAAUUCUGAAUUUAGAUACACGAGUACUCACAGGCUGGCACUAGUAGAUAGACACAUCAGACGAUGAAGCAGGCCUAGCCUGUGAAACAUCACGUAGCUGUGUGUUCACGACAGUGUGUUGUCUCUUUUGGUGUGUGUGUCUAUCUACCAGUGCCAGUCUGUGAGUACUCAUGCAUCUAUCUUCAGGAUUAUGAAAUCUGCACAGUAUUAUUAAUUUUUUUGUUCACAGAAAAUUAUGUAAAUUAAAAUGGUCUAAACAUGUCACAGCAUGCUGCUGCAUGUAGUUCUCAUGCACAUUAUUAGGUAUGACCAUUGUAAAGUAGGUGACCAGUGAGGGAAAAAUAGUUCCCAUUUUAAGAUCAAAUAAAAAAAAUUGAAGCAUUUUACAGUGAAAUUAUCUAGAUUAUCUUCAGGAUAAAAAAGAUUUUUACCCAUUUUCAUGCGAGGGUCUUCAUUACCUACUUAUAUUUCUGUCUAAAUACAGUCAAUUAUUUCCGAUAAAUUAGCCCUUUCGUAUGUACAACAUAAGAAUAAAAAAACACCACCACAUGGCCUCAUUCAUUUUAAAAUUUGUACAAAAAGGGGUGUCCUAUUUGGAUAGCCAGCAUUUUUACAAGUUACCCCAACACCUUCAACAAAUUCCAUUUACAAACCAAAAACUUCAACUUUAUUUGAACUAUUUUGGGUUUCAAUAUUUUUGUGUUGUCAUCAUUUGUGGGGAUUUUUUCGUUCUCUUAGUACAUUUUUCUUUGUUUUUCUUUGUUUGCUGACCAUAUUCCUGUUUCGGAAUAUUUUGUGGUGUUCAUAUCCUUGUUGACAACAGCAAUUGUUUGCUUAAUUUUUUUUUUGAGUAUUUUUAUUUAUUUAUUUUAUUUAUUAGUUUUUCUCCAACAGAAAAAGUUCUUAGCAAUGGCGUAUGUCCAAAAACUUACAUCAAGUCAUGCACUCCCAUUGCACAAAUCUUUUAAAGAUAACUUUAUUGUAUCCAACUUACAAUCUCUGUAGGUAAGGUAAAGGAACCAGUGCUCGGCACUGUUUCAGUAUUUUGUAUGCGGAAAUAAAUUAAUCAAUAGUGAUUUAUAUUUUUGGUAUAUUGAUGAUAUCAAUGGUGCAGUAUACUCUAUGAAACCCACAAAAAUUAUUAUGCACUUUUGCCAUAAUUUAAAUUCUGAAACACAUGCACAUAACCAAACAAAAAAUUAAUUAAAAAAACAAUUAACUAAGUUUAGAAUAACAAAAAUAGGUUGAAAUUAUGUCUGCACCCAUAAUAUUAGACAGGUUAUGCACUUUUGCAUUAGUAUCAAGAGUGGAACACCAGUAUCAUUCUUUGGUAAUUGCUGAUUUUUCGCACCGAACUUUGGUUCCACAACAUCAUCUCUUUAAAAAUUAAUAAAAAAAAAGAAUGGUGCUAGAUUGUUUCUGUGCUGAUUAAAAUGAAUCCAUAUUUCUUUCGUGCGCAGUAUAAAGGGCUUAAGUCAAAAAACACAACUUUUUGGGAGAGAUAAAACUAACUUUAGAAAAUAAUGCAAAAUUGUUUAUUUGGUCUGUGUGUGCCAUUAUAAAAUGAUAUAUUGUUUUAUAUAUAUAUGUUAUCAAUUAGACUGAAAAUAUCGGUAAUUCAUAAAUAUUUAGUGCUUCUUUUGAAAAUUUUAAUUGUUUGUGACAGACUUAUGCCCUUUGUAUCUCACAAGAUGUGACAUAAGUCUUUUUAACCCUUGCAAGUUAAAUGAAAACUCAAGUAACAACUACUCAUCUAUGUCGUAAAAAUAUUUAAGUUAUACUUCUUUAUUUAAAUCAUAUUAUGAAAUCAUGCAUAAAUUUUAAUAAGACAUUUUACAAAUCCAGUGUAUAAAACUUAAAAUACAAUACAUAAUUAAUACUUAAGUAAAACCAACUAUUUCACAAUAAAAUAAUUUAAGCUCUACUACUAACUCAUAUUACAAGCAGAUAAGAUAGUAAAUUUAAAAAUGACAUUUUAGAAAUCCAAUAUAUGAAACUGAAAAUACAAUACAAAAUACAAAAAAUAUAAAAUAAAUCAAAUUUUACCCUUUCAGUAAAUCAAAUUGUUCAAUGUUGAAACCCAACACAAAAACUGCAACAAAAUUAAGAAUUAUCAGAAUACUAAAAUGACAAUAAAAUUGGAAAGUAAAGUAAUUGAUGGCAAUAAGACAUAGAAACCAAAAUUGCUCUAAAUCAUAGUUUGUCUGGAUUAAUUUCUAUCAGAUCAGGAUCAAUGUAAGAAGCAUCAACUGAUGUCUUUAAUUUUAAGUAAAAGUCAUGUAAAACAGAAGGUACAAGUGGAAGCAGGUCCAAGUCUUUUUUCUUUGCUGCAGAAUUUGCAACAUCGUCAGUGUAUCUCUUCACAAGAUGUGUGGUUAGGAGAUUAUUCUUACCCCUUCGAAGGAAGCUUAAAUCUUUGAAAGUACCUUCUCGAAGAGAAUCUCUAUAAUGCAGCACUCCAUAGUCUUUUAGAUAUCGCAACCACUUUAUACACUGUGCCACUUGAAUUGCUCGCCUUCCUUGUUUACUUUCCUGACCACUAAGGGUCCUUUUAACAAAUCUGCAAAAUCGAAGAACUCUUCUUGCGUCAUUACUUUGACAGAAAGUUGCUGCUUCUGUCCUGUAGAUCUUACAAGUUGAUACCAAACAUGAGGGUGAUUUAUGGGAAAGGGAAGAUUUUUCUUCUUCUUUUCGAUCAGAGCAUGAUCUACAUCGCACUCCAUGUGAGUGUGUCCUAGAAUGAGAAACUUAUGAUUGAUGGCACAGAUGUGAGGGAAGUCAACCAUGGCUUUUGAAAACAUUGCCGACACAUGUGUGUUCUUAGUUUGACCCCCACAUGUAUUGGAGUAAAAAGUCACGUCCUUAGCAUCUUGGGGUAAACAACUUAAAUGGUGGUACAAGCACAAUGCAAUUUCAUUAGCACCUCUCCCUGCAAUAGCUUAGUGCCACAUGUAAUUCGUAGAUUUGCCAGUUGCAGUAUCAUGCACGGUCAAAUUAUAAGUUCAUAACUGGCGUUUUUAAAAUGCAAAGGAAGACGAAACAAAUGGCAUAGGCAAACACUGUUGCAGAUCAAAUGUAAAACACUUUUUGGUUGGAUCAAUUUUUGAGAUGUCCUUGUCUGCUCUUUUUGACUCAUAUGCCAGAUCUGCUUAUUCUUGAUUUUUUUAGCACGUUUUCUGCCUCAAGUUUGGCAGCUUCAUUUGAAUUGUCCAUGGCACAUAAUUGCAUUUGAAGGCUAUGACAUUUGUGACAAGUGUCUACUUUUGGCUUUUUAAAUGACAGCUUCAUGUUAAGGAAUUCAUUCUCAUAGAGUUUUCUAGAAACAGGCUUCUGAACCUUCUCACAGUACAUGCCAUACAUGAUUUUAAGGUUUAAAUGUGAAGGCAGAUAUUGUUUGUCAUUUCUCUGUCUUGUGUAGUGACUUUCAUAAGCGGGGAAAGAUUUUAUGUGCGCUCUUACUUGUUCAAGCUCUUCUUCAGUUUUUUUAUUCGUUGUUGGCUUCUUACCGCGUUGGUCAGGUGAUGUAAUGCCACUGGUACUUGGUGAAAUAUUGCCGAGGUGCAAUUGAUUGUGAGUCACACUACUUAUCACAGAAUUGCACUGAACAUUUGAACAAUAACCAAUAUCUUGCUGAUUAUGACAGAAAGAAGAAGAGCGCUGUAUAUUGGAAGAAUUACCAAAAUCAGAAUUAUUUUCAUCCAAAGUUAUUUGCACAGAAUUGCACUGAACAUCUGAAGAAUUACCAACAUAUUUUUGAUUGUGGUAUAAAGAGGAACACUGAAUAUUUGAAGAAUGACCAAAAUCUGAUUGAUAUUCUUGCAAACUUGCUGGCACAGGACUGCACUGAACAUCUGAAAAAUUACCACAUCUCGUUGAUUGUGGUACAAGGAAGAGGAGCACUGAAUAUUUGGAUUGAAAAUAUCUGAUUGCCUCAAAUUUAAACGAACUGGUACAGAGAUACACUCAAUAUUUGAGGACUUACAAAAGUCACUUUGGUUAUCAUAGUAAGUAACUGUCUUAGCCCACUUAUCAAGAUCUAAAAUAUCCUUCUGACCUUAUUAGUCUUUUCUGUAUCUUGUGUAGUAAGUAUCUUUUUUUUUUAUUUUUGCAAACAUGUCUAAAAAAAGGGGUUUUAUUUUUAAUCUUUUGAAGUUAAAGAAGCAAAAUUUUACAAAGUUUAUUACGUAAUUAGGCCUACUCACUAAAUCCAAAACUAAAUGAGUUGGGUUGUACUGUAUAGUAAUAUUACUAAACCCGCAAUAUUAAAAUUACGACUUUAAAGGGUUUGAAUGAAUAAUGUUUAAUAAACGAAAAGUUCUUAAACGAAAAGCUAACAGACUUUAAUUAAACUAUACUGCACAUGCUAACACUUAACUAACUACAAAUCAAAGUUUACUACUGACCUGUUGUUCCAUUUCUAGAGUUUAUAUCUUGCAAAGCCAUGCCUACAAUUCUCUUGCUGCGUUCUCCCAUAUUUAAUACACCGUAUAAGAUAAAAAACAGAGUUAAAUCUUUAUGUGUACAGGACUAGCAUCUUCAAAUUUUACAUCUCACAACACACAACAAUGUAAAUAGUACUGCCACUUAUAAUAAACAUGAAACAAAUGAAAAUAAUGGCGCUAGUAACGAGGAGCAGGAUUACCAACAUUGGUUGCCGAAAUGAGUGUGACCGCCGGAUUAAUCUUUUUCAGUUAUUUAAAAAUAUACAGACAUUAAAACUGCCAAGAAAAUUAUUCGUACUUAGGACCUUUAUAUCUCUCUAAUCAAAAUGGCAUAGCAUGACUUAUGCCAAAUAAAUCACGCUGACAAAAAUAUGUUAUACUGGUCUAAAGAGCACAUGUUGACAUAACCCUUAGAACAGAUUGAUAAAAGGUAGUCAAAAUGGCAUGACAUGACUUAUGCCAUUUAGAUCACGUACACAAUAGUAUUUUAUAAUGGUCUAAAGGUCACAUGUUGACAUAAGUCCUUUUUACAUAUCGAUAAAAAAACUUAAAAUGGCAUAACAUGACUUAUGCCAUUUAGAACACAUAAAACAUAAGUAUUUUAUAAUGACCUAAAGGUCAUAUGUUGACAAAAGACCUUUAUACAGAUCGCACAUUUGAAUUUUUGACUUAAGUCAAUUAAACCAACGCUUAUAACGGCCGUUAUUUAUAAUUUUAGACUCAUGCCCUUUGUACCAUUGGAAAGCUUGGAUUUUUCUGAGCAUGACAGUAUAAAUAUCUAAAAAUUCAACUUUUUUGACUUAAGCCCUUUAUACCGCGCACGAAAGAUUUGAACCAUACCGUAUGUUGGCUUGCAAAAAUUGCUUUAACAUAUUGGAUUCUGGUUCCUUUACCUUACUGUUUUAUUAAUGAUUUAUCUAAUAUCUUUGUUUAGUUAUGUGUGUGUGUGUGUAACUGACAUAAUAAACAAUGACUUUCUAACGAAUUGAAAAUAAUCAUAGGCAUAACUUCUUACCUCAAGUACAUCACUAGCACUUUCAGUGAUAAACUGCUCUUUUUGCAGGUGUUUGAGUAAUGCUUGGGCUGUCUUUAGUCUCUUCAAACUCCGUCGGCAUCUUUGGCGUGACAUUUUCAACCUUUUUCUCGUUGCACAAAGUUUCUGCUUCACAACUUGCAUAAAAGCCUGUGCUUUUCUUGUUGAUUUUACUAUUUCAUCACUGUUAGUAAAAUCACCAAUGUAUGCUUUCCUUAACGAACGUGGUUUUUUCAUUGGUGGUUCAGCACUGUCAGUGGAUGAGCUGCUGUAAACAAAUAGUUUCAAAAUUAAAAUGGAUAUGUUACGUCACCACACUUUUUAUUAUUAACAACAAAAUAGUAAACAGUACUUCUAAAUCUUUUAAUGCAACAAAUCAUAUGAUUGAAAAUUAUCAAUUUUUACACAAAACCUUUUUAACAGUUAACGAAACAAGUAGACAUGAAAAAAGUGUCCAGUGUAAUGCAAUAGUUUGUAAAAAUGUUAAAAGGCCUAGUCUUUCAUCACCAUAACCUGAGUAUUAGCAUAGCUCACAAAAUUAUAAAACGGUCUUCACAUUGACAGGCUCGAAGUGUGUUAGAAGAUGUAGUCAUAUACAAGAUUUGGGAGAGAAAAAAUUAUGCUGGAAAUAGUCAAAUAGGCCUAUAUAGUGAAAUUUAUUUAAUACAAACCCCAAAUUACCUAAAUGUUCACUGUUUGUAAUAAUGAGAUUUGUAUUAACACAUAUUAUAAAAAAAAUCUCAGAAUUACCAAAUUGAUGUAUAGGCCUACCACAUAGGAAAAUGAAAUAAAUUGUGAAUACCUACUAAUAAAAACAAAUAUUACUGUAGGCCCUACUUUCUAUAUUAUCCUGAUAUAAGAUAUGAUAUUUAACUUAAUGUGAUUUUAAAAAAGUUAAAAAAUAUAUCUUCAACAUAUUGCUCAGUUGGUUAUAGAAUUCUAAACCUUAAUUUCCUAGAAUGUGAAAUUUCUGUUUAUCUUUUUUUUUGUGCACAAUUAAGCAUAAAAUGCAUAUAACACGCCUAACCAUUUAUUAUGUUAAACAAAUAGCGGUAAUUUCAAAACUAACCAACACAAUCAUCAAUCACUAUGAGUUAUGCGCAGGCCUUUACAUUAUCUCGUAUAGACCCGUUCAAAUAGUUUUAGAAUACGCAAACCACAUGAAAACAAAAAAUAUUCUUAUUGAUUGCUGUUUGACUGGAUACAGUGAUCACAUGCCGGAAAUAGAUCCUUGUUAAGUUACCUGUUUUACAUAGGAAGUAAAGUUAUUGGGACAUUUACUGUCCUCAAUUUAAUAAGUUAUAUCCAAAUUUGUUAUAUUUUACCAUGCUAUUAAUAGUGCAAUGCAUGUUGUUCUAUGAAUCAUAGAAAAUAACAUUAGCAAAAACAUGCAUACAAUCGCAAAAAUUAUUAAAGAUAACAUAACGGUUACUGGUUCGGUUACCUGAAAGAGAUAUAUCUGCUUAUGAAGUAUCACUUACCUUAUAACUUUUGAAGCUUCAUGUUUGGUUCUUUCAACUGGAGGAUUCCUCUUCUUUUUGUCCGAGAGUAAAUGUGGAGGGAAAUUAUAAACUGACGGUAUGGAAUCUGGCUUCAGUUUUCUUCCCAAGCCAAAAGCUUCGUUGUCGAAGCAUUCUGGAAGAAAAUGCUUUGAGCACAGUCUGGAAUGUCGACUAGGAGUAAAUUUACUAAAUUUUUCUCUCUUUAAAGACAAGAUCCAUUGGCUCCGUCUUUUUUCAUCUACAGGAAAGCUGAAAAAAUUUAAUAAGAACACAAUAAGAGGAAAGGGGACUAGUCCACUUCGCGAUACCAUAACAAUACUGAUGACAUCACCAAGAUGGCAUCAAUUACGUCAUUACCACCCCUACGGUACACGCACGGAAAAAUAGGGGUAUUGGGCGGGGAACAACAAACACUAUUUAUCUUGUAUAUCAAUUUUUGUAUAAUUUGCUUUUUCGGUAUCGUAAACUAGACUACAAUCCCCCCCGCUCUAGUAUAUUUUGCGAUACCGAUUAUGCAUUAUGUAUGAAAUAAUGCCUGGAGACGUUACGACUAAACGUGGUAUUGUGAAAUAUAACAUUGUGCCCUACGAAACAUCAUUAGCUGAAAAUUAAAGUUGCGGGUAAAGAAGUUAUUUAUGAGGAAUAAAAUACCUGUAUCGCAAAUUAUACUAGACCGGGUGGGACUAUAUUCUACUUCAUGAUACCGAGAUAAAUUAAUCACGAAAAUUCUGGCUACAAAUAUACCCCUGCGUAACUUCCUCAAUAAAGCACACUUUUCACAACACGCAUCUCACCUAUCACAUCAAACGAAAUAUACAUAAGAAAUACGAAGAACAAACAUUUAAAAGUCAUAAAAUCACCACCUACCUUUCAUGGCUAUAUGACAAUAAUCAUUGUGUCAAUAUUUAUCUUGUAUAUAUUAAAUUUACGCCAAAUUUUAUUUGGUAAUUCCUGCUUUUAAUUUAUUAAACAUGAACUGUCUCUUACCCGUUUACGACAACAAUCACAACUACACUGUGCCAUUGUAUUAUUUCAAUACAAAUAAACACGACCUUCGUCUUCUCUCAUGACUACUACACUCAUUAAUAUCAACAUCUGUGACAUCAUUCAUUUCUCCUACAUUUGUUUUUUAACCAAUUAGGAACCUGGUAUCAUAAAACCGACUAGACUCGAUGAAAGUUGUAAACAAUAAACAAUGCAUCCUUGGGAUUACUGGCUAGUAAUAGAAGUGGUCGUGUUUAAUGUAACUAUUAGCGAGUGAAACUAUAUAAUGUUAUUAUGAUUACAUAGUAGUAAUACUGUAUGCUAAUAAUUCACAUUCAAUUUAUUAAACCCUAUAGUAAUAUAAAUCUACACAAUGCCGAGUGCUGACGUACCUAUUAAAUACUUAAUGGUUUCUUACAAAUGUAACUUGUCUUAACUCACCUGUGAAAUGAAAUAUUGCAUCCUUUUAUAAAUGUUUGCGUACAACCAUACGCGACACAAGAAAUAAACAUUUUAAUGGUAAAAUAACCACGUUGAUACACAAUAACCCCCAUAUACCCUGUGUUCACAAAACUGAAUUGAAACUAAUAGUUUAGCUGCAUGACACCCAGCAAUGCGGAGAAACGGUAAAAGACUGACGAAACUAUUUACAGAUGGCACUGCUGAACACGAUGGCCGCCACAGUGGCGCACUCACGAUCGAAGGCGCCAAAUUCAAAUAUCCAAACCACCACACAUUCUAUCACUAUGCCCAAACAUACCGCCCACCAAAAAUAACAUUUUUUAUGUUUCACUACACUGGUUCUUAGUUGACUGGCAACCGACACAAUUUUAUCACUGGCCGCUUCACCACUCGAUGCUGCUGUUUGACCAGGAUGUAGGGUUGUGACGCGGCCGAGUUGCCACUGCAGGGGUGGAAGGUGGUCUUCUUUGAUUAGGACAAGGUCACCAACCUGCAGGUCACCUUUGCUUUUGGUCCACUUGCCACGUGGUUGUAGAGUGUGCAAAUAUUCCUUGUGCCACCGCUGCCAGAAGUGCUGUGAUGCACUCUGUACCAGCUGCCAUCUGUCUAAUCUGUUGGUCUGAAUUUCCGUGAGGUAUGCAGCUGGAGGAGAUGUCAGAGAAUUGCCAACAAGGAAAUGUGAUGGUGUAAGGGCCUCCACGUCAUUUGGGUCUGAUGAAAUGGCACAGAGUGGACGUGAAUUGAGGACAGCUUUAAUUUGAGUGAACAAAGUCGACAGCUCUUCAAACGUGAGUAUCUGCUGGCCAACAACUCUCUUGAGAUGGUACUUCGCAGACAUGAUCAGGGUGUCCAGCGACCUGGAAAACCUGGAAAACCGGGAAUUGUCAGGGAAUUUCGUGUGUCAGGGAAAAGUCAGGGAAAUGUCAGGGAUUUUUUAAAAAUCGUCUGGAAAUUUUGGCCGUGUUUGUUCUUCACGCAGCAGCACGAUACAAUAUGCAUAUCAAUUGUUCAAUUCACCGCGUACACAAUGAUCGACGUAUCGAUUAUAAUCGGCACAUGGCUGUACACAUUGCGGCCUGUUAGGCUGGCCAAAAUGGCGCGCAUUUGUGUACUCUUGUUGAUUUUGGUUAUCGUUUUUGUUGAUGGAUAAGUGAAUUAUUAUAUCAUCAGCCAAACAAAGGUAAGAAACAAAAUGUAUGUAUACUCUACUAUAGUUGCUCUAUGGGCAAGUCGCAAACUGUUGCCUAAUUUGUUUCGUUCGCUCGGCAAUGGUUCGUGAUGUUCUUGGUUUGUAAACUCCGCAAGCACGCAUGUCUGAGUAAAGCAAAAAGUAGAACACUCACCUUUUUUCACGUUCCGGUUUAUAAACUGUUUAUAAACCGGAACAUUAAGAAGGUGAGAGUUCAACUUUUUGAUUCGGACAUGCGUGCUUGCAGAGUUUAUAAAUCGGGUCAAACACAAGUCAUGUUGUAACGUACUAUAUUAUUUAUUUUUUGAAUUUUACAUUAGUUAGGCAUCUUUCUUGCUUCGAAGUAGGCCAGGCCAGACAUUGCAAAUUUUUUAAAAUACAUGAACACACAGCAAUUUUGUAGAUAAAAUGUGACUAUUUCCUGAAACAAGCUAUUGUUGCUGGAACAUAUCCUAUAUUUUUUCAGAUUUAUUUUCAGUUCAUAAGUUUACAUUAGGCCUAGGCCUAUCUUAUAAAAGAUGCUUGAAGUUGAAGCUGACGGUUACUUUGUAUAGAAAAUAUGUGCUGAUAGGCCUAUCAGUACUUGCAUUGAUUUUAUCUGUGUUUGUGGUGCCUGAAACGUUUAUUUGCUAAUUAAUGAAAAAUAGGUUAAUUUUCUCACAAGAAUAUUAUUUUAAAGAUUAGUGUGAUAAAGGUAAAAAAUUAUUUUAUUUUAACAGGUCACAACAUGGCUUCAAAACUCAGAUAAACUACA